UUUUUUUUUUUCAUGUUUUUGCUGUUGUCUGAGCAAAACGGCGUCGCAUAGGCAUCAGUAUCUUAAAAAUUAAGAAAUGUCCAAUGGAUAUGGAGCACAAAGCCACAAACACAAAUUUUGGAGAGAGCUUCUUUUAUCUGUCCGAAACCCUAUCUUCCAACUGCUAACAUUUUAUCCAACGCAGAGCCGACAGAGGGAGAUAGUGCACCCAACUCAAAGAAAAUUAAAGAACAAAAGGGAGAUUAUGGGUCGAAUCCGUCUACAGGGCUUCGUCGUAUUGUGACCGUCGUGCUCGAGUUUCAUUUAAUUGAGGCUGGAAAGGCGAAAGCUACUUUCCCAUCCAUAAAUUUCUUAGGCUCUAACUGACUGAAAGUUACUUUAAUUGGAAGGCACAGCUAUGUUUUUCCAGUUACUCUGUUCUCACGCCUUCUAUCUUUCCCUUCUCUUAACUCUCCAAUAUUUCAUUUUUUUCUUAGCAGCGACGCCUUUUGCCAAUUCAUCGAGCCUCGGCAGCAAUCUUCUCAGGUCGGAUGCGGAUCGCUCGAUUAUCCAAAUAUCACCGCUCAGGCCACCGAUUUUGUACUCUCCGUCAUCUACAAAGAAGUGAACCGUAUAUCGGUUGGCCUUUCUUGCGAUUAAAGAUAUGAACAGCCGAGGUGGAUUGUUGCUUAUUCGCGCCGUCUAAUACUUAUUGGUGUUCGUAAAUCGUAAGGUUGAAGACUCUUUAGCAUCUGACAUUGAGUUCAAAAUAAUGUAGAAAUCAAUUAAAGAUCAAUGAAGGUCCUGCCUGAAGUUGGAUAGAGUUUUGGGAGGACCCUUAACCUUUAAAUGUUAGCAAGGGUCAUCAAAGUUCCAAAAUUGGUUGACUCGGGGCCGUACAUUGUUUAGUGGUGCCAACUCUUUUGAAGGAGCACACUUUGGUUGGGAGAGAAAUUGUUUUGUCAAGUAGACAAUUUGUAGUUGUCAUUCAUGAGAAAUUAUUUUCUACGACAAACAAAUGUUGAAAUUUCUGGAGAAUUUUAUAUUUGGGUCCUUGUGUCAUUUGUAAACGAGAGUCGGGUUUUCAUAAUGAGGACUUAGAUUUUAAUGCUCUGGCUUAGAUUUUAAUGCAAAUUACUUGAUAUUUUCUAUAGUUAGGUCGCAACUUUAUAUAUGUCACCCCUCUGAUUCCUUCCACAUUAACUAGAAGGCCUUCAAUGUAUGUCCAUACAGGAACAUAUACAGUUGGACCUUCAAGUAGACUCUAUAUGAGAACUCCAGUAAACAUCCCACCAAUUGAACUUCCCAGUUCCCAGUAGUAGAUUGAGAGAAAAGAGAGGAAUUGAACACCCGGGGUAUUUCUCAGUAUCCAGCUACCAUGACGAUUGUACGUAUUUGGUUCUGGCUGCUUGUCAACUCCAGCAUCUCGUGCAUAAAUGAACAUAAGAUGAGACCUACAUCAAGGUAGCUGAAGCUUUGUUCAACAUAGACAAACCGAUUCUCCUUUUCAAUAAUUUGAAGGGACAAAAAGGUCUUCAGAGAUGGUACAUAUAUUAACGAUGAUGAUGGUGAGCAUGGAUUCGAGCUAGAGAGAAAAAUUGAACUCGAAGGCUGAAUUUCGGAAGCCUUCGAAUGGCUCGGCUAAUAGGAAGUACCGGCUUAGAUCUUCGGUGGCUGGAUCAACGUCCUCAUCUGAUGGAAGUCCACCACGUGACCGCAACUCGAGUCCUGUCCAAUUGAGAAAGGAUAUAGCAAAAUUUGAUGAUGAUGAUGAUGAAAGAAAGAGGGAUAACACUAAGGAUCGACAGUCGUCUAGGAGGUAUCACAGGCAUGACGAUCACAUCAGGCUUGAUAGACAUGUGGAUGACUAUGAUCGAGGUUAUUCCAAGUCAUCCUACUAUUCUAGACAGGGCUCGCGAGAUAAAAACAACUCAAAUUACUCGAGGUCUGAUAAGGAGCUCCCAUCUAGACAUUACGUGAAAGAUGUGGACACUAACUCUCGUGGGAAAUCUGAUGGUUUGGGGCAUAGAAGUAGGGAUAAAGACUCAUAUAAUUGGGCUGGUUCUGAUAGUAGGCAUGCAAAUAUUGAGAAAAAGGACAAAGGUGAUAGGAGUGACCGAUAUGGAAGGAUGGAUUAUAGAAAGAGUUCAAUGGAUUACAAAGGUGAUCGUUCGCCUGCUUAUGAAGAGUCAAGGGAUCAAAUAAAUGAUUAUUCUUCACGAAGAGAAAAUUCUGGACGUCGUUUAAAGGAAUCCUCUUCAAGAUACUCCAAGGAAGUCGAUGCAGUUGAUGAAAAGAGUAGGCGCCUGGAUGCAGGUCCUGAUAAGGUGCAAUUUAAUAGAGAUACAAAGGAGGAUUUGGAUGGUAUGUCCAACAAGGGUGAAGAAGCUGUCGCUAAGUAGGGGAAGACUUUUAGCAUGGAGAGCACUGCUGCUGGCCCAGAUGUUCCUUCCGAGAAGGCUUAUGUGACGGAUUGUGAUAUUGAUGCUGCGAAAUUUGCUGCUAUGAAAGCUGCUGAAUUAGUUAACAAGAACUUGAUUGGAACUGCAUACAUGACCGCUGAUGAAAAGAAGAAGCUCUUGUGGGGCAACAAGAAGAACACUGUUACUGAGGAGCCUGCUCACCGUUGGGACACAACAACAUUUGGCGACCGUGAACGACAAGAAAAAUUCAACAAACUCAUGGGCGUGAAGGGGGACUCGAAGGUGGAGUCCAAGCUGGACGAGCCGGAUGUCGAGAAGAAACGGGAGCAGCUUCAGGUGGACUUAGAGAGACAGUACACGGCCUGUUUGCGCCGGCAAGAUGGCCGCACAGUUGGCCUCGGUCUUUUAGAUUACUUUGUUCGAUAUUUUCGUGUUUGUGUUGCUGUUAUUGUACUUUGGAUGUUUGUGUGUUAGGAAAACUAUCUUGUGUUAGACUUGUUAUUUGAUCAUGACUUGCAACGUAGCUGGAUGUUUGACUUAAAGUGGGAUUAUCAAGUUUGUGGUGUGUAUUGAAAAAGUGAAAUUUUACGCGUUUUGCUUGAUUAUGGCAUGCGUGAAUACUUUCAACUGAAUUUAGUAUGAGAUUAAUUCAACAAAGGGAUAUAUUGUUCAAAAAGAACAUGCAUAACUGAGGAGUUGAGGUUGAGACAUAACAAAAU